AAAUCUAGGCCCAAGCCUGACUUCAAGCCCUUGCAGGCUCGUAAAGUGAUCGACUAUACUGUCAACUUUGCGCGUAAAAUCCCCGAGGACUUGUACGAGCAAAUGCUGCAUCAUGCAAAGUGAUACUGUAGCAUGGGGCGAUCCCUGGUCCUCGUUGCAGGAAUCACACUCAUGCGAUGGCGUAUCGAUCCUUAUUGUGCCGCAUGGGUCCAUUGAUUGUGAAUCUCAUUCAAUUUCUAAUCGGCACAAGUUCACUCAGCAUCACAGGACGCCCGCAAAAGGCGAGCUGAAGUUCCACCCGUUCCGCCCGGGCUCGAACGUUCCACGAGCGAAAGCAAUCCGCCGUGAUCCAUAUACAGCUUGCAGUCCGAGACACGCAGCUGAAGCUCCAGACUACGAUGGCGUGUGCUUUCGAAAUAACUUUCAGCCAUUAGCAUGGUGUAUGUGCAGUCGGAAAAUCGGCGCUUGGAUGGGAUGCAGCCGUCUUGGCUGCAUGAAUCGAAGCCCCGAUUGCAGAACUCUGCCAGUCUCGACGGUCGGCAAUUCAUGCCUCAACCACGCCCAAAGCGUGGGCUCGACGCCGUUGGGCGUGGCAAUGGGGGAGAUGAUCGAUUAAAGCGGCCGUGGCAUGCGUGGGAGCUUUUGGAGGCGCAUACGGUAUGGCGUGAUGGCGUGCUCGCUUCACUGAACCCUGGCCCAACCAUCGGAAGCACGCGAUCAACAAAUCAACAUCCAGUACGAAAGCGAGAUCGUGGCGACAUAGCGAAAUGAUCUGCAUCUUCGCGACGUCGAAAGUGGGAAUGAGAUUUCGCUUUGAUUCUGGCGAACAAUCAUCCCUAACAUAAUGUCAUUCUGAUCUUCAAUCUGCGCCUUUCCGCCCUUACAACGGGGAUAGAUCGCGCAAUGAAGUCACUGCAACGUGUUUGCGGGGUCUAUUGACGUUGAGAGACUUGGGUUAUG